AUGGGUAAUCAUAAUUCAACAUCUGAUACUUCUUUUAUAAAUAAUGAAGAUAUAUUUAAAGUUGAUAAUAUAAAUUCGUAUGGUCGUAAACAUUCAUCAGCUAAAAUUCAGCUAUCGAAUGAUAAUUUAUGUAUACAUCAAAAAAAUCGACAAUCAUUAUUUAUUCCACUUAAUACAAUAAAACGUUAUGGUUUAGAUGGUUCAAUAUUUAUUCUUGAAUGUGGUCGUCAUGCACCACUUGGUCCAGCACGUUAUGCAUUUCGUUGUAAAGAAGCUCGAAAUCUUGUUAAUUGUUUAGAUGAACGUAUAAUAAUAAUUUCCAAUGAAUUAUUCAAUAAACAACAAGAUAAAUCAUCAUCAAGUUUAACAACUGUUUCAUCAGCAUUUAAUAAUCUACAACGAACACAAUCAGCAAUAUCAUUAUCAUCAGCAACAACAUUUUAUCGAAAUUCUCAAUCGAAUUUAUCAGAAAAUUAUUUUAUGUUAGGAAAAGAAAAUCAACAAUAUCCUAAUUCAAUAAAUUAUUCAGAAUUUCAAAUACAAAAAUCAAAAUCAAAAUCAAUAUCAUCACUAGAAUUACCAAUAACUUGUGAAAUACAGAAAUCAAAUGUAACUCUAUCGAAUAGUCAAAAUGAUGAUACAAUUAUUCCAAAUACAUCAAAAUCUUAUGUUUUUAUUGAUCAUGAAAAAACAACAACAUUGAAAGAUAUUGCUAAACAACGAUUACAACAACAUCCUAUGCGUUAUAAUAUCUAA